CAACCUAUACAUAUACACAGAGAUAGAGAUAUAUAGAUAGCAUUCCAAAUAUCACAGCUUUUUCUUUUGUUUUUUUUCCCCCAAUUUUUCCAAAUUUUCCCGAGAGUCCCAUCUCUCUCCUCCUCCUCCUCCUCCUUAAAGCAGAGGAGAGAGAAAGAGAAUCAACGACUCAAACCCAUCUCUCUCUCUCUCUCUCUCUCUCUCUCUCUCUCUGUGCCCAUUUUAAUGCGUGAAUAGAUUUUAGGUAGAAAGAGAAAUUUUAAGCGAUGGGGACAGAGGUGUUGCGUCCACAGGACUGUUUGAUCGAGCGAAUCAGGGUUUCUCCGGCGGUGUUCCAGCACCACCGUCGGAAAAACCUCGGAAAUGGAAACGGAAACCCUAACCCAGCCAGGGUCGCUCCACGGAAACCCGUGGUCCGGCCCGACCAGAAGAAGAGGAACGGAAAAUCUCAGCCGUUGAUGACGCCUCGACGGGCGGCGAGUUUAGAUGAUCUGAGGAAAACCCAUCAGAGCUCCAACGGAAAUCUCGUCAUGGGACAGGUGACGAUUUUGAGGAGGGGGGAGUCGCUUGACUCGACGAUUAACGGCGGCCGUCUACACACGGCGGAGAAGAAAACGGCUGACGACGAUCUGGUGUUGUGCGGUACGGAGAGGUUGGGCCCGGAUCCCGAGCGGAUCCGGAUCCGUGACGUGAAGUCGGCGCUUCUGUCUCCGUCGGGUUCUCCGGCGGCCGGAGAACGGCGUGAUGUUUACGCCGGAUCGGCGGUGUCGAUGUCGCCGUCGCCGCGUGCUCUCCCUCUCCCGUCGUUUUUCAGUAAGAAGAAGGCCGUCGACGACAACGCUACUAAAGACCUCCGGCGACUUCUCCGGCUUGAUUGAGGCUCUUAACGGUGCCGUUUUAUCUAGAUCCGUAUAGAUCUGGAAAGUUUCCUAAAUCCGUAUAUAUAAGUCUCUCUCUCCCUUCUUUUUUCCUCUCUCUACGAAGACCUCCGGCGACUUCUCCGGCUCAAAAGCGUUGUCGUUUACUAUUUCUAGAUCUUGAAGUAUCUUAAUCCCGUAUAUAUGUCUCUCUCUCUACCGAAUACCUCCGGCGUGUUCUCCGGCUCGACUGAGUUCUAAAACGAUGUCGUUUCUAGAUCCAUAUAAAUCUAUAAGUACCCUAAAUCUCUCUCUCUCUCUCUCUCUCUCUCUCUCUCUCUCUCUCUCUCUCUAUAAAUCUCUAGGAGUAUCCAUCAGCUCAUCUUUCCUUCUCUAUCUGUUUUCUUUUUCUCUCCGGUAUUUCGCUUCGCUCGGUUCUCCAGGGUCUGGCCUUUCCGUGAUUUUUUUUAUGAAAUGGAAGUGUCGGAGCUCUGAUUAUCGAGAUUAGCUAUCUAUGAAAGCGAAUCAAGAUAUGUUAAUCUAAUCUUAAGUAAGUUUCUACUGUG